UCUGACGGUUCUCUCCUUCAACUCGAUUUUCUUUCUGCUUCUGUUCAGGUAAUAUCGUUUGGCUCUUGGUAGGAGAAGGAGAAUCGUGAAACGUGGAAAGCUUUGUAUAUGUUCGAUAAUUGGCUGCACUAGGUUAAUACGUUUUAGGAAUUUAGGUUUCUUCUCCUUCUUGUUCUUCGUUAUACAACUUCAAUUUUGAUGAACUUGGCAUCCAUUAGUUUUGGAUUUCACGGCGUUUUCGUUUUGAAGCAUCGGUAUUUUACACUGCGUCUUUGUUAUUGUGAAUAUCGUGAUUGUUCUGCUCAGUACCUUGCUGUGAUUUGAAAUGAAUUUCCCUCUGUUAACAUCUAAUCAAGGCUGGAGUCUCGGAAAUGGCUCUCUUUAUCGAAUACUCUGAAUUGGGUAUUCGUGAAGAAAUACAUAACGAGCCUGGGAGAAUUGGCACAAGCGAUUGUGCCAUAGGCCUUUGGUUUUGAGGGGAAUGUUUCUCUUCACUUUUAGUUGGACUGAGUGGAUAUCAUCACGUAUUUACAGUGCUGGAUUGCAUCUUUUAUGUGAUUGUUUUGGUUCUUAUGUGAAAUCCGAAAGGUGCUCUUUCUGCCUAUCCUUUGUGAAAGUCAAGAACUUUUUUGGCAAAGAAUUACACUUGCAAAAUUUACUUUCCAAAAUUUGACUGCUUUCCAAAAUUCUGCUUUACAUACAACGAUGGGCACAGUUCAAUUUCCUAUGUUUAAUGCUUCAUUGUUGCAGUUGUCUGUAGUUUUAUCGAUAUUUUCGUUGAUUUGUUUUUGUAUUGUGAGCUUAUGGUUAUUUGUUUCAUACAGUGAAUUACCGCUGAAAUUGCACAAUGUCCCAUCGCAAGUUUGAGCAUCCAAGGCAUGGUUCUUUGGGAUUCCUUCCCAGGAAGAGAGCUGCAAGGCACCGCGGAAGAGUGAAGGCUUUCCCCAAGGAUGACCCAUCAAAAGAACCCAGACUGACUGCUUUCUUGGGUUACAAGGCUGGAAUGACCCAUAUUGUCAGAGAGGUUGAGAAGCCAGGGUCGAAGCUUCACAAAAAGGAGACCUGCGAAGCUGUUACCAUAAUUGAAACACCACCCUUGGUUGUCGUUGGAGUUGUGGGCUACAUCAAGACUCCCAGUGGCCUCCGGUCUCUGAACACUGUCUGGGCUCAGCAUCUGAGUGAGGAUGUCAAGAGAAGGUUCUACAAGAACUGGGCCAAGUCAAAGAAGAAGGCUUUCACUAAGUACUCCAAGAAGUUCGAGUCCGAUGAAGGGAAGAAGGAUGUUACAUCCCAGCUGGAGAAGAUGAAGAAGUAUGCCACUACCAUUCGUGUGCUGGCUCACACUCAGAUUAGGAAGAUGAAGGGAUUGAAGCAGAAGAAGGCUCAUUUGAUGGAGAUCCAGGUCAAUGGUGGAGACAUUUCCAAGAAGGUGGACUUUGCCUACAGCUUCUUUGAGAAGCAGAUUCCAAUUGAUUCCGUCUUCCAGAAGGAUGAGAUGAUUGACAUCAUUGGAGUGACCAAGGGUAAGGGUUAUGAAGGUGUUGUCACUCGUUGGGGUGUCACCCGUCUCCCCCGAAAGACCCAUCGUGGUCUUCGCAAGGUUGCCUGUAUUGGAGCAUGGCAUCCUGCUAGGGUCUCCUACACUGUGGCUAGAGCUGGGCAAAAUGGUUACCAUCAUCGUACUGAGAUGAACAAGAAGAUCUACAAGCUUGGGAAGUCUGGCCAGGAUUCUCACUCUGCCAUGACUGAUUAUGACAGGACUGAGAAGGAUAUCACACCUAUUGGAGGGUUCCCCCACUAUGGUAUCGUGAAGGAGGAUUACAUCAUGAUCAAGGGCUGCUGUGUCGGUCCCAAGAAGCGUGUGGUGACAUUGAGGCAGUCUCUUUUGAAGCAGACUUCCAGAACUGCAACGGAGCAGGUGAAUCUCAAGUUCAUCGACACUUCUUCCAAGUUUGGGCAUGGACGGUUCCAGACUACACAGGAGAAGCUCAAGCACUACGGUCGCCUCAAGGCUUAGUUUUCUCAAGAACAGAGUUAUAUUUACUCUAGGCUACUGUUUUGCUAGUUAUUCCAGUCGGUUAUUCGAACAGUUUCUAGUUUUGCCUGUGUUCUCAUUUAUGUAGUUUAUUAGCUAUGAAGUUGGAAAUACUUGUGAUCUUGUCUUCAUAUUUUGUUUCUGUAGACACAUUUUUGGUAUUUCUUAUGCUUCCUAAGUUUUGCUCUUUAAUUUGCUUCUUAACGUUGCCUUACUUGCCUCUCAACUGAAAUCAACGCCCUAUGUAACUUUGAUGACAUGCUGCGGCCAAUUACUUUCGCUGGAUGAA